CAGUGACGGUCUGCGCGUGCUGACCGUCGUUGUCGUAUUGCUCUCGACUAUGAGUUUUUUCUGCCGUCUAGUGCCUAUAAGAUCAGCGGUCGUAACCUUUCCGCAUAACCUCAGGAGGCUUCAAUCGACAGCUUCUGUCAUCGAUGGCCCUCCAGUCACGGAAACGAACCGCGCAGAGUCGACGAUGAAACGCUUUUGGAAAGAUGUGGGUAUAGAGAAACGCAGGGAAUCCUUUACCGUAACUCUGGACAGGCGCGCACUCAAAACCCCCUCCGGCAAUACGCUGCUACUGCCUGGAAAUAAAAUGUUGAUUGCGACUCUCGUGGCUACUGAAUGGGAUAACCAGGACAAACUAUUAAAGCCUCACGCUUUGCCAAUUGAUUUGAAGGAGUCGCAGACAUCUUUGGUCUCCAGAGCAAUCGAUUCCCUUGGAGAAGAGGCUGUCCGGGAAGAGGUUUGCCAUGCUUUGCUUGAAUAUCUUGAUACCGAUACGAUAUGCUUCCACGAAGACUACCCUCCUCAACUCGUGACGCUCCAAACGAAACAUUGGGAUCCCUUGCUGGAAUGGGCACGUAACACGUUCAAGGUCGAAAUCCACAAAUUCGAGUCGAUACUGUCAAACAAGCAGCCGGAAGCAACGAAGCAGAGAUUCAUCGAAGAGUUGAAAACGUUCACUUCCUGGGAAAUGGCCGCCAUGGAACGAGCCACGUACAUAACGAAAUCGUUCUUGAUUGCGUUGGCGUUGGUUAAGCGGUUUAUCACGGUGGAGCAGGCAUCAAUAGCCGCUCGGGUCGAGGUGUCAAGCCAAAUCGAACGUUGGGGGGAGGUCGAAGACAGCCAUGAUGUUGAUUUUCACGACAUACGGCGUCAACUUGGGAGUGCAGCAUGCCUAUUAUCCCUAACCUGAUUGGGUGCGGCGGAGCAUCCUUACAAAUAGCUGGAUUUUGCGAGCAUCGGCGUAAUAGGCAUUGUGGCAGAAAUCCAGACUUGCAGUGAGACGAGCAUGCCCAACGGCUACUCGAGGGUUGCGGAUUGCAUCAACUCGUUUUCGAGGGUCGAGACGCAUAAAAUUACUUUUUGCCCCUUCUGAAUAACCAAUUGCAUCCGGACAAACCACGGAAUACGCAAAUUGAAAAAGAAAAAAGAUUCGAAGCUUUGUCGAAGACGAGUGAUGAAACGAUGAAAUGAAAUGCAGAUAGAAGGCCCCGAUCCUUACAUCAGAUGACAAUAAUGUAAUGGUUGGUAAGGGUACAUAGUAGUACGUACGCUAAUUAUUGACAACGAAUAUCAGUG